UAUCUAUUAGACUAUUACAGAGAUAUAGAGUUCAUACUGAAUGAAAUAAGAGGUUGAUCACAUGUUUGACUUUCUUACUUUAACAAAGUCAAAGCUCAAUAGAGGCAGCAUGUGGCGUUAUACUCUGUUUUGGAACGUGAAGAGAGUUUGUCUGGAUAUGGUGAAGCAGGAAGAGACAGAAACAGAGCUGUGUCCGAACCAAAGUCAAAUCUCCGUAGAGUUUCUUUAUAAUUCACAUCCCUCCUUGUGAAUCCAAGGACAGAUCUUGAACAAAACAUGCAUGGAGUUUGGCUUUAUUUCAAGAAGUCUCUAAGCUGCUGCAACGCACAGAAGUCAACUAACCGUGGUGAUCCAGUGAAGAAGAACCGAAUCCAGAAGACGACAAAUCCAACUGGAUGGUCAAGAUCAAUGUCAAAUAUGAGAGAUGUAUUUGUAACACAUGGAGAUGGAGAAGCUAUGCAGAAUCCAAGCUGCUGCAGCUCUCGGUCUUUGGAGAGCUCCAGGUUAAUAAACACGACAAAAGUUGAGGGCAAUAACGGUUACUCGGGGAGAUUCAAAGGAGAAUCUUCUUCUGAUUUACUUCCCGGUCGUUGUUCAGAGAGAUUUGAUGUUCUUGGCUCUGACAUCUACGGUUUUGGAGUUCUUUCUUGUCGCAAAUGUCAUGAGGGAGUCAGAGAUCUUGAUGCGUUUGAGGCGCAUUACCUUUCUAACCAUUCCGUCAUCAGACUCUUAGCUGGAGAGUUUUCAAGAACAACUGUUGAGUUAAUCUGCAAUACAGGCUAUUCUCACAAGCAUGGCAAAACAAAAGGGAACAACAUUUCGGCGAUCUUGAAAAUACAAAAUCUGCAAAGAGUUGUUGCAGAGUUUGAGGAUUACAGAGAAGUCGUGAAAAUAAGAGCGAACAAGCUUUCGAAGAAACACUCGCGGUGUAUGGCUGAUGGGAACGAGUUUCUUGGGUUCCACGGUACAACUCUUUCUUGCACUCUCGGUUCCAGUAACAGCUCUUCAAACCUCUGUUUCUCGGAUCAAUGUGGAGUUUGUCAUAUUCUAAGACAUGGGUUUAGUGCUAAAACGAGACCGGAUGGGAUUAAAGGGGUUCUCACAGCAUCAACCAGCACUACAGCUCUUGAAUGUAUUGAAAUUACCGAUCAAAGAAGGAACAUAGGUUCAUUGAAAGCUGUUGUGCUAUGUAGAGUGAUUGCAGGGAGGGUUCAUAAACCUAUGCACAAGUUCGAAGAUCCUAGUGGGUUUUCUGAUUUUGAUUCGUUGGCUUUGAAAAUGGGACCAAAUUCAAGAAUUGAAGAGUUUUUUCUGUUGAGUACUAAAGCUUUGUUACCUUGCUUUGUCAUCAUCUUCAAGCCUUGAAAAUAAAUUUCUUUAAUCUUUUUGUAUAGUUUUUUCUCUUCUUCUUUUCUUGCAAAACUUGGUGGGUCUCCUUAUACAUAUAUUGCUCCCUUUAUUAUAUGUGUUAUUAACCUCCUCCUAAACAAUCUGAUCGACA